AAACUACAGAAUUCUCUCUCUCCUCUUUCCUCUCUCAUUCUCUCUCUGUGUCGCUGUCAGUGGCACUUUCCGAACCGAACAGCAACUCAGGUCAGGACUGGCUGCGGGGUUCACCUUCGUCCACGGCGGUUUCCGGCCGCCGACGGCUGAAUUUGAGAAUCCUUAUCACUCUGCGGCAUUUUGCAAUUCGUUCAAUCCUUAAUUUUCAUUUCCGCUUUAUAUUUGUUUGAUCUUGUCAUUUUUACUAUCUUGAACUUCGAUUCUCUUCUUCGACUGUAUCGAUUUCCGUGUAUCAACGAUAAUCCUCGAAGGUCGACGAUCGAUUCAGUAAUCAUGGUUCAUAUAUCAACUCGCCGCAGCUAUUAACGUCUCAGACGAUAGUUCUACUUCACCCCGCCCAACCUUGCAAUUCCUCUAAAUCCAGUCCUGUUCAUCGGUCGCUGCCGCCGGGCAUUCAUGCUUAACUUUAACUGAUUUUCCGGGUAAUUGGCUAUCUGUGGCUUGUGGGCGGGGCCGCUCACCUUUUCUGAUUUUCUUCAUUUGUCCCUCAAGUAAGGUAACUUUGUAUUAUAAGGAGAAGAGAAUUAUGUUCUACGCGAAGCUAGGUACAGUUCAUCAGGCUCAAUGAACUCCAGAGAAAUAGAACAAAUGAAUUCCACAGUUCCUGAUGAAAGUAUGGGUUAUGAGGCUGAGAUAAAGGAAAACGGUCUACAUCUCAGGCUAGUUUCGGCAGGAGAAUCGGGUGAAGGCCUGCCAUAUGCUCCUAUAGAUUGGCCUAACCCUGGUGAUAACUGGACUUGGAAGGUAGGAAAAAGGAAAUCAAUUCGUGGCUUCUGGGGUGAUAGGUACUUGUAUCCUCCAAUCAGGCUACAGACGACCUUGCGUAAGAGACGGAGCUUCGCGAGCAAGCCCUCGGUUGAACAAUAUAUCCGGACAGAAUUCCCUGAUAAGGAUGUUAAUGCCUUCUUUUCCUCUUUUAGUUGGAAGAUCCCUGCAGAAAACAACCGAGCGAAAGGCCGGAUUACUUUGGGUGAUAUGCUUCCUGUGGAAGACAUGGCUAUGCAUUCUGAAUCUGAGUCACAGAAUGAGAAUAUGGAUUGUAAGGCUAGAAAUAAGAUGUGCAAUCCCCAACUACUAGCAGAGAAUUGUUCUCUACCAGCCAUGGAUUGUAAUAUAUGUUGCAGUGAACCUGGUUUCUGUCGUGACUGUUGUUGUAUACUUUGCUGUAAAACUAUUGAUUGGACAUAUGGAGGUUAUAGUUUUAUUAGAUGCGAAAUGAAGAUGGAUGAUAACUAUAUUUGUGGGCAUGUUGCACACAUCAAAUGUGCUCUUCGUUCAUACAUGGCUGGGACUGUGGGAGGAAGUAUUGGAUUAGAUGUUGAAUAUUAUUGCAGACGUUGUGAUAGGAGGACAGAUCUCAUUUCACAUGUUACAAGGCUUCUAAAGACCUGUGAAUCUCUCAAUGCUCAGGAGGAUAUUGAGAAGAUUUUGACCCUAGGUUUGUGCAUUUUACGAGGCUCACAAAGAACAAGCGCAAAGAAGUUGCUGAAUUGUAUGGAGUUGGCUAUGAGAAAGCUAAAAUGUGGUACUGCUCUUGAAGAAAUUUGGAAAGAAGAUGAUAGAUCUGCUGUUUCCACAGGGACUCUGGAGGUUGCAGCUGAUCAAGAUGCACCGGAUUUCACAACAGGCUCAGAGUUCCCCCUUGAUCUCACUGCCAUACAGAAUAAUUCUCAACAACCUAUCUACAUAACUUCAGACCAUCGGAUUGCAGCUUCAAAACUUGAAGAUGAGAUUGACCAGGUGCUCCAAUCGUUGAAGAGAUCUCAGGAAACAGAAUACAGAAUUGCCAAGGAGAGGCUUUAUGCUAAAAAAAGUUCCAUUCUUAGCAUGUAUGAACAGCUCGAUAAGGAGAGGUCUGAACUGGCUAAACAAUCACCAGAUACCGAAGGGAACUCUGAUGCUCUACUUGCAAAUGUCUUGAACAGAGUGAAACAAAUAAACAGAGAGUCUGCAAGACUCAAAGAGAUGGAGGAAGUAGCAAAGGGAUUUGUAAGAGUUCCUAAAGCUAUUUUAAAUGAGCACUUUGGUUUAGAAAUUAAAGAUUGAAAAGUCAAUGAGACAUUCUCCAAAUUUUCCAUCCAUGCCAUGUACUUACCACCUAUUCGAGUGAAACUUGCCAUUCCAUGAUGGUAUCUUGGGGAGUAAUGCAGAAGAGACUGGAUCUGCAUGCGUGAUGGUAAGACUUUGAUUGACUUGAACCAAUGAAACUGAAAAUUUCAUUGAAUACUUAGAUUGAUUUGUAUAUUCCCUUUGAUUUUUACUGGCUUGGAUAUUAUUUACAUCCCGAAACUAUAUUAACUGUAAUCCUGUAGUUCAUAGGACUUUUCAGUUAAUAGUUAGAUUGAUUUGUACAUUCUCUUUGA